AUGGAGCUGCAGGAGAUGUUUCGAUACGGAUAUAUGUUCCCACCGAGGGAGGACGAGGUCGUAUCCUGCACGUAUCUGGAUUUACCGAACUACGCUUAUUCCAAGAGCAAGUCUGAUCUUCCACCAGUAAGCAGUAUCAGCAUACCGCAGUGCAUCGUGUACGACGGAAAUCGCAGCGAUGGCUGGCACACGCCGAGUCCAACCGCAAGUUUACGAUCGGUUAGUCCUGCCACAACUUUGUCUGUAUCGUCAGAGCCUGACACGAUAAGUACUCCGGUUACGUACCGUUUAUUAGGCUCGAUGGAGGAACUGAACAAGAGGUACGCUACGAAGAGGAGCCUCGCUACGAUCAACAGCGAGGCAACGCAACACGCUAUGAACAUGAUCGAUCUGACGGAGGAAGUAAACAGUAUGGACGCGGAUACCGAUGGGACCGCGGAUCCUGAGGCUGAAACGGAGCACGAAAAGGCGCAGUCGUCUCGAGGCAGUGUCAUCAGCAACUCCAGCAGUUUCUCAGACAGGAUCGUAGACGCUGACAGCGAGGAUGAUGCCGAAAUGAGCGACAGUCCCGAUCACAUAGGAUCCGAGAUCGAUGGAAACGGGAACAAUCGAAACGUGGUGAGAAGAAGAGGUAAAUACGUUAGCUCGACGAUCGUGAGGAAACGCAGACUGGCAGCGAACGCCAGAGAACGGAGAAGAAUGCAGAACCUGAAUAAAGCGUUCGAUAGAUUGAGAGCGUAUCUUCCGUCUUUGGGUAACGACCGGCAGCUCUCGAAAUACGAAACGCUUCAAAUGGCACAGUCUUACAUCACGGCCUUGUACGAUUUGUUGCAAUAA